AUGCCAGUUGCUGAAUAUAUUGCAAAAUUUGAGGAAUUCAUGCUGAGAUGUGACAUAAGGGAAGAUCAAAGGAUGACCCUUUCUCGGUUUAGAUCAGGACUUCGUCUAGAGCUUCAAAGGGAAUUAAUUCCUCAUACGGUGAAUACCUUGGAGAGGGUUUUUCAGAAAGUACAAGAAUUAGAGAAGUAUUUGAAAUCUUCCAACAUAGUCAAGCGAGUGGAUCCUUACAAAUCUGAUUUUCGUGCUGGUACAUCUGGGACAAAGCCUAACGCAACAUGUAAGGGUUUCACAAUGACAAGUUCGGAAGAUUCUUAUGAGCCCCAACAACCUGCUGAAGAUUGUGGAAACGACUUUGAAGCCCCUCAUCCAACAUUAUCAGUAGUAAGGUGUACUUUGGUUCAACCAAGGAAGGAAACUGAGGAUUGGCAUAGAACUUCCAUUUUCCACACUUACAUCAAGUCUGGUGAUAAAGAUUGGAAAGUGAUCAUAGAUAAUGGCAGUUGUAUCAAUGUUGUAUCAACACUUACUGUCUCGCGUCUUGGCUUAUCAACCGAAGAACAUCCUGAACCACACAAAGUAGCAUGGAUCGACAAUACUUCUUCAAUCCCUGUUACCCAGUGA